AUGGCGGCACCAUUUGAGCUACGAUGGGGAAUCUUGGGUGCGGGACACAUCUCAUCCGUGUUUGUCAAGGAUUACUACUUGACCCAAAAACGUUUGAGAGAUGUCACAGAUGUAAUCCAUAAAGUUGCUGCCGUUGGAUCGAGAGAUGCAGCUAAAGCACAGGCCUUGUGGAAUGGCGGUCAGGAAUUCAUCGAUAAGCAUGCUUCCUCGAAUCCCGAAACCAAGGCCUAUGGAAGUUACGAAGAAGUGGUUGGGGACAAGAACGUGAACGCAAUCUACAUAGGUACUCCCCAUACACACCACUACUCUUGUACAAGUCUGGCGCUCCGAGCUGGGAAGCACGUUCUAUGUGAAAAGCCCUUUACUUCCAACGCGGCCGAGCUCAAAUCCCUGAUUUCCAUUGCCAAGGAGAACAAUGUCUUUCUCAUGGAGGCGAUGUGGACACGGUUCCUGCCAAUUACCGGAGCCAUAAAAUCAAUCAUUGAUAGCGGAGAGCUUGGAGAUGUGAAAGUUCUCCAUGCUGAUUUGGCUGGUGAUUUUAAACUCGAUAGUAUUCCAAAAACUCACCGCAUUUUGGACCCCAAAUUGGGUGGCGGGGCUCUCCUAGAUCUUGGACCAUAUCCAUUCGUUUGGGCAGCAGCAAUCCUCUAUGAACAUGCGCUUAAUAAACGCGAGCCCCCUUCUCAUGUAGCCGGGUCCAUGGUGAAGACAAAGCUCACAGGUGUUGACUCGAGCACUACCUUUGUCCUAAAUUUUGACAGAGUUGAAGCUCAGGCGAUCCUAUCCUGUAGCAUCACAAUAUCUACGCCAAAUCCUGCGCUGGUGGUUCGAUGCCGUAAAGGGAAUAUCAUCGUUGCUCCGCCCAUUUAUCGGCCUAAGAGCUUUAUUAUUCAGUACCUUGAUGAGCCAGGAUCUGGCGUGGUUGCACGGGAGGAGAGCCGGGAGUUUUCGUUCGAAGGUGGUGGUUGGCACUUCCAAGGUGCGCAAAUCUUUUAA